AGGAAGCAUGGCGGUGCCGUGGAGGAGAUGUUGGAGGAGCAGAUCAGGGGCUGCUGUUAUUUUGGAUUGGUGCAGCGGCAUCAGUGGAAGAGCUUUUACUCGUGCCGCUUCAACCGCCUCCAGAGACGCGCGACAGAUUCUAAUCCGACAGGGAUUGUCACAUAAUUUAGACAAAUCAGCUUCACUUACAAGGUACAGACAUCUGUACCCAACACAGAGAAUCUGUUGCUGCAGUAUACACAGUGAUGCAAAGUUAAAAGAUCCUUUUUCACUUGCACAAAAUGACUUGCAAAACUUAUACGAAGACAUUAAAAAGGAAAUGUUUGUGUCCAAAGCUGAGCUAAAGUCUCUGUGUGAUUAUUACUUUGACGGGAAAGGAAAAGCUUUCAGACCCAUGAUUGUGGUUUUAAUGGCUCGAGCAUGUAACGUCCACAGCAACAAAGAGAGCGCUCUUCUGCCAGCGCAGCGGUCUAUAGCUAUGAUCUCUGAGAUGAUCCACACUGCCAGCUUAGUGCACGAUGAUGUCAUCGAUGACUCCGACACUCGACGUGGAAAACACACCAUUAAUAACGUUUGGGGAGAAAGAAAAGCUAUCCUGGCUGGAGAUUUCAUUCUGUCAGUGGCAUCUAUGGCACUUGCACGUAUUGGAAACAAUGCAGUAGUUUCUGUGUUGUCACAAGUAAUAGAAGACCUCGUACGAGGUGAAUUCAUGCAGUUGGGGUCUAAGGAGAACGAAAACGAGCGAUUCAAGCACUACCUUGAAAAAACCUUUAAGAAGACUGCAAGUCUUAUCGCUAACAGUUGUAAAGCAGUGUCAAUCCUGGUGAACUCUGAUCCGGAGGUGCACGAAAUCGCGUAUCAGUAUGGACGAAACGUUGGCAUUGCAUUCCAGCUUGUGGAUGAUGUUCUGGACUUCACAUCCUGUGCUAAACACCUGGGCAAACCAUCAGCUGCUGAUCUCAAACUGGGUCUCGCCACCGGACCGGUUCUGUUUGCUUGCCAGCAGUUUCCUGAGCUGCAUGCGAUGAUCAUGAGGCGUUUCAGCUCUGAUGGAGAUGUAGACAGAGCUUGGCAUUAUGUCCAGAAGAGUGAUGGUGUGGAACAGACUAACUACCUCGCCCAACGCUACUGCCAAGAGGCCAUCCAUCAGAUCAGUCGCCUGCGGCCAUCUACAGAGCGAGACGCAUUGAUCCGACUGACCGAGCUGGUGUUGAGCAGGGAUAAGUGAGCCUGAAUCCAGAGCUCCAUACUCAGGCAGCUACACCUCUGCAGGCCCCUCUCCUCAUACACAUAAACACCCGGGCCUUCACAGAGAUCAAAGAAUGAACUAUUCACCUUGUUGUUACCGUUUGCUUUACUGUACUGUAAUCGCAGAGCUCUUCCUGUCAUGGAGCGCAUAAACCGUUACCGGUACAGAAGAGGAAGAUCUGCAAGAUCAUUGUAAUUCCAGAUGUAGCACAGAUGCUACCGUCACGUGUGUGUGUGUGUGGAUACUUUGCAAGCAAUUGCCCAAACAUCCGUCCACAAAAGGCCAAACGUCUUCCAUUUUACUGUAAGAUGUUAUUGUCAGUGUACUUAUACAUCAAGUGCUCAAUAACAACCAAGGCCUUAAACCACACUAGCUAUGUAUUUAAAUUAAAUAAGGUAUUUUUUAAAGUAAA